ACCCGCCCUUGGGAGGAGGAUCGCCGGAUCCGGAGCAGCCACGCGGUGGGGAGGCUGCACAGCCGCCUUCCAAGAAGGUUAAGGGUCGCCGCGUGGGGAUUGGGCCGCAGUCCCCUCCGACAGCCCAGGUCUCCACGCCUCUGCAGUCGGAGCGGAAGGGGCGGGACCACGGCGAACAAGGCGCACAAGGUCCAAGGUCCGCGGCCCCGGGGGAGGAGAAGCCGCUGUUUUCUGCGCAGACGCCCCGCCCGGGCUGGAGGCGGGGCCGAGGCGAGCCGGGGGUGGGGUCAGAUCCCGGGCCCGCCUCCACCAGCGCCUGUGAGCCCUGGAGUGAGUAGCCCCCCGGCUUAUUCUGGGGGCUUCAGUCAUAGGCGCCGCCCAAGAGACCCUGGGCCCGCGCUAGGCGCUGCUGCCUCCUCGCCUUUGCCUGUCCGUCUUUGUGUCUGUGUCUGUCUGGCUGUUCCCGAGCUUGUCUCCACUCCAGAGCUAAGCCUCCCGGACACCGACAGCCCAAGACGCCCCUCCCCUUUUCCAUGGCAGGCUACUUAACCUCCAAAGGCUACGCCCCUUCGCCCCCACCUCCAUACCCAGUGACAGCUGGGUAUCCAGAGCCUGCGCUGCAUCCUGGUCCCGGACAGGUUCCAGUGCCUGCCCAGGUGCCGGCCCCUGCGCCUGGCUUCGCUGUCUUCCCCUCGCCAGGCCCCGUGGCCCCAGGGUCUCCUGCUCCUUUCUUGCCGCUGCCAGGGGUGCCUUCUGGUCUCGAAUUCCUAGUGCAGAUCGAUCAAAUCUUGAUUCAUCAGAAGGCUGAACGAGUGGAAACGUUCCUAGGCUGGGAGACCUGUAAUAGGUAUGAACUUCGUUCUGGGACCGGACAGCAACUGGGUCAGGCAGCUGAAGAGAGCAACUGUUGUGCCCGUCUGUGCUGUGGUGCCCGCCGGCCACUCCGUGUCCGCCUAGCCGACCCUGGGGACCGAGAGGUGCUCCGCCUCCUCCGCCCUCUUCACUGUGGCUGCAGCUGCUGUCCCUGUGGCCUUCAGGAGAUGGAAGUGCAGGCCCCACCCGGCACCACCAUUGGCCAUGUGCUGCAGACCUGGCAUCCCUUCCUUCCUAAGUUUUCCAUCCAGGAUGCGGAUCGCCAGACUGUCCUUCGAGUUGUGGGACCUUGCUGGACCUGUGGCUGUGGCACAGAUACCAACUUUGAGGUGAAAACUAAGGAUGAAUCUCGAAGUGUGGGCCGCAUCAGCAAGCAGUGGGGAGGGUUGCUUCGCGAAGCCCUCACCGAUGCUGACGACUUUGGCCUUCAGUUCCCGAUAGAUCUAGACGUGAGGGUGAAGGCUGUGUUGCUGGGAGCCACGUUCCUCAUUGAUUACAUGUUCUUCGAGAAGCGAGGAGGCGCUGGGCCCUCUGCCGUCACCAGUUAGAAGCCACCUCAGCAUGAGGAGACCAUCACAACCAGAAUUGAAGAUGGUCACCUGCCCUGUCUCUCCCUCCUGAGGCAACCCCUUCCUUGGUAUACACUGCAGCGGACAGAUGGGUGACUGAGUGGUUGGGAGCCAGUGUGCCCCACCCCUCCCCUCUCCCCCCUCCUUCACCUGUGGCCCCGCAGGAGUAUGUAAAACCCUUCCUCACUGUGUUUCGCCAUCUCCCAGCAGUCCCUACGCACACAAUAUUAGAUUUUGAGCCUUCCCACCCCCUCCUCCCAACCUGCCUCCAGGGCCUCUGCACAGGAAGAGGCCUUUGGAAUCCAGGACUCAAGUUUUACAACAGGGCUGGUGGGUAAGCAGCAAGCAGUACCAAAGACGGCAGACACGCCACUCUUCCCUCAUGCCAUGUCAGCCAUUAGUUUAGCUUCAGAUGGUGGCACUGGGAGGGUCCCUGCCUCCUUCCUAACCCCCUGGGCCUUGCUGGUGCUUUCUGCCGCUUCCUGUGCCUUAUUUAACCAUUAGCCCCUUCCUUCCCCUGCUCCAGGAAGGAGGCUGUGUCUUUGUAUGUUGUAUUCAUAUAAACUUUGCAACUUUUUAA